AAAAAUCAAUUUUUUGAAGUAAAUGAAGUUUGAUGGUAUGACAAAAAUUAAACUAAACCUGUCAAAUUUUUUUGAAACUUUCAAAUUACGCGCCACUGUCACAUCACAGGUGGCAGCACUGUCUUGUUAGUAAAUCGGCACGAUGGUUGAGAAGGGUGCCAAAACGGUGCCAGCGGCCAAGUCGGCCGCGGGCAAGUCCCCCGAGAAGAAGAAGCGCGACAACAGGCCUCGCAACUACACCCUCGGCAAUGGCAUCUACCGCUUCAGCCGAACCAGAAUGUACCACAAGAAGGCUUUGUGGAAGUUUGUUGGUAAGAAAACCGCCAAACCUGAGAAGGUGAAGAGAGCGACGCAUGUCGAGAAGCCCAUCAAGGGUGACAACAACGGUGGAAAGCGUUUAGUGCUGCUGAAGAAGCGCAAGGCGUACUACCCAACCACCGAUGGGAUCAAAAAGAAGCCGGCUAAGAAGCUGUUUAAGGAUCACGUCCGCAACAUCAGACCAACCCUGCAGCCCGGUACUGUUCUCAUCCUCUUGGCUGGUGUCCACCGAGGAAAGAGAGUUGUCCUCCUCAAAACCCUUAAAACGGGUCUCUUGCUGGUGACAGGACCUUUCAAAGUGAACGCUUGUCCACUUCGUCGAGUUCACCAGAGGUAUGUCAUUGCCACCAGUCUGAGGCUUGAUAUUUCAAAAGUGAAAAUUCCCCUUCGUGUCAACGAUGCCUACUUCAAGAGGCAGAGGAAGACGCAGCCCAAGAAGGAGGAAGGAGAGAUUUUUGAUGUCAAGAAAGAGACUUACAAGGCAUCGGACAUUCGCAAGGAAGAUCAAGCUGUGGUGGACAAACAAAUUCUGGACAUCAUCCGCAAGAACCCCGAGAAGAAGAGCAUAUUUGGGUACCUGGGAUCAAUGUUCGGCUUGAGAUCAGGACAGCUCCCACACAAAAUGAAGUUCUAAUUUCCCCAUUAAAUUUAAACACUGACUUUGUCAAA